AUGACCAUCAAAGCUACAAUUGUUGGUGCCUUGGCAUGCCAAAGAAAUUCUUUUCUAUUUGACGGGUUUCGUACCACAGUGUUAAGUUGCGUUGAAGAUUCCAAGACCAAAAGAGACAACGAUAAGCACGAUUAUCUUAUAGAACUACAGGACACAAUCUUAUUUCCUCAGGGUGGUGGCCAGCCAACAGAUACAGGGUAUUUAAAUGUAUUGGCUGAUGGUGACAAUAUAAAGGAGACCGUAAAAGUGUCUUCCGUGACCAGGAAUGGGUUACAUGCAAUCCAUCACGUCAAUGAAUACGUCGAGCCUGGGACAGCUGUAUCUGUAAUUGUUGACAAAGAGAAGCGGUUGGAUUACAUGCAGCAGCACACCGGCCAACACCUGUUAAGUGCUAUUUUGGAACAGAAGCCGUAUGAGUUGAAAACUCUCAGUUGGGCAAUGGGUGGUAUUCCUACCGCGAAGAAACCACAGUUGGAACCAUUUGAUUAUUUCAACUAUAUUGAGAUCGGCAGGGCAUUAUCCCCCCAAGAGAUUGAAGAUAUCACAGAGACAGCGAACAACUACAUCUCAAUAAACCCGUUGCCUAUAUCUGUAUUUGAAAGAGCACCAGACAAACAUGAAGAGGUUGACACAUCUAAAAUUCCUGAUGACUAUAAUUUGGAGAGAGGUGUAUUGCGCACAAUUCAUAUUGGAGAGCUUGACUCAAACCCAUGCUGUGGCACACAUUUGAACACUACGGGCCAGAUCGAGUCAGUGUGCAUCUUACCGAACCAAACAUCAGUGAGAGGUACGAAUUCAAGACUACUCUUUAUGUGUGGUUCACGAGUUCGGAAUUUCGCCAAAACCUCGUCGGACAUCAUUACCAGUUGCAAGACUGCGUUGAGUUGCACAGAAACUGCAAUCCCUGACAAGAUUGCCAAACUAAAGGACCAGUUACAGCAGUCUAAUAAGAGGGAGCAAUUCUGGAUUAAGGAACUGGCACCCAUAGAAGCGUCUAGAUUAGCAACAUGUCUGUCCAAAACUGGCAAAGCAUACAUUUCCAAAGACGCUUUUGGGUCACUGGAAUUCUUGCUGCAAGUGUACAAGGAGCUCACGCCGCUUCUGGAAACGGCCCCGAGCAAUUACCAAGUGGUGCUAUGUGGCAGGGAGAAAAACCAAAUGGGUUCCUUGCUGAUUGUUUCAGACUCUGGAGACACAAUAAGCGCGGUAGCCAAAGACAUAUCGGGCUUAGUGAAGAAUGUUAAAGGUGGUGGGGGCAAGAAGGGAGGGAAAUGGCAGGGCAAAAUCACAAACUUUAGUGACGCUGAAUGGAUUGCCUUGUUAGGAUAUCUCGAACAAACUACUGUAUAA